UGAUAUAACUUAGAAUGUUGAUGAGACAGAAUUAAUCAUAAAUUGAAAUACUAAAAAUUAAUGUUCAAAAGUUGUUUUUUUGGCUAUUUACCAAUCUGUAUAACCUUGUGACAAGGCUUGCCAACAGAGCUUAGUAUUGUCCAGCUAAAGGAAACUUGAGACAAAAAUGUCUCUGACGGUGAAGGCUUAUUUAGAAAAAGAUGGAAAGAUAGAUGGAGAGAUAAGAAGAUUUGCAGUCCCAGCUGAUGUUUCAAGCAAUUAUGACUACUUAGUUAAGAAAGUAGCAGGAUUUUUCCCAUCACUUAGAGAAGGACAUUUUUCUUUGUACUGGAAAGAUCCAGAUGGAGACAUGGUUUUGUUUUCGACUGAUGUAGAAUUGUUAGAGGCUCUCGGAUUUGUUAGUGAUUCUGUCUUCAAGAUUUUCAUUAAAGUUAAAGAAACAGCAGAUGGCGCCAGCAGUGGAGAACCAAUGGGAAGCCAUGGUAAGAUUCACCAGGGUAUAAUUUGUGAUGGAUGUAACGGCCCUGUGAAGGGGACCAGGUACAAAUGCAUGGAGUGUGAAGAUUAUGACCUGUGUCCCCUUUGUGAAGAAAAAGGUGCUCAUCGAGGACAUGAUAUGAUGAAAAUUACUAUGCCAGGCCGCAAUCCUUUCUAUGCUGUCCCGCCACGUGGUGGACAUGGUAUGCAGAGACCCGGCAUGGGACGUUGUGGAGGCCCAGGUGGUCAUGGAGAGUUUGCUCCACCACCACAUUUCCGACGUUGGAUGAGAAGGUUUAUGAGACGUUGGCACAGUAAGAACACCCCUGGAUGUCCAAUGGAACAAGACUCUCCUGAUGAUGAACUUUCCCCACCAGAAAGUGGCCCAUUUGCCUAUCCUGGAUCUUUUGCAAGAUGUUGGACUCAAGGUCAAAGACAUGCACAAAAGAGAAACAAAUCUUCAGCUGGAAAAUGUUCUCCACGUAAAUGUUCCCCACAAAAAUCUAGCCCAAGAUCUUGCCGAGAUGGAAAAAGGGUCGUCUCUUCUGAUACAGAGAAACAGAAUACUGUAAUUGACCUUACAUCUGGCCUUGACCAUGGGGUUACCAUGGAAAUGAAAAGGUCAACAGAAGAUGAGAAUGUAACUGCAGAGGAGAGAUGUACAGAAGAAAUAACCACUGCCACAGAGAAGAUUGUUCUUGAUGAUGAUGAUAAUGAUGCUGACGUUGAACAAGAUGAGAUGAUUCUAGUAAAUGAUGAAGCUGAUGGAGAUGACCUUGAACCUAUGAGAGGUCAAGCUGUGGAAUUUGAGGAUGGGAGGCAACCACCAGAACCUGCAAGAUUGGAUUUACAGCAUGAUGAUGGCAACAGAAGGAAGGAGAAUGGUGAUAACUCAUGGCUGCUGCUGAAUGUAACUGCUGACAACACCCCUGCAACAGUGGGACCAGCCACUUCAAGUCAGUCUAUGCCAUCUGUACAGUCUGCCCCGAGCCAGGUACCAGUUAGCCAAGGCGCUGGUCAAUCUGUAGUUGCUGGAACCGCUCCAGAAAUGUUGAUAUCUACAAGCUCACAGACUGGAACCAGAUCUGUACACUUUCAGAAUCCUCCACAAAUAUAUUACCCUCCAUCUAGCCCAAGAGUAGCUGAGGCACUUCAGCAGAUGAUGUCAAUGGGUUUUAACAAUGAUGGAGGCUGGUUGACUAGACUUCUAGAGGAUAAGAAUGGUGAUAUCAUACAGGUUCUUGAUGCUAUAAAACCACAGCCUGGACGUUCUCGUGAAACAAGUGGUGGUUAUAUGGCUUAAACUUCAAAAGUACAAGCCCAGUCUAGAGAUGGAGGUCAUAUGGCUUAAGUAUGUUGUUUAAAAGGUACAAGCCCAGCGUAGAGAUGAACCAAGACUGGUUUGAUUCUCGGAAAGUCAGAUCUGCCAUGAUGAUGUAAAUCUUAAGUCUUUAGAUAUAUUGAUAAUAUUGAUGAAACUUUAACUUGCUAGAUAUACUUUGUUGAAAAUUAUUAUAAAUGUCAAAGUGCUUGUUGAAAAUUAUUAUAAAUAUAAAAGUGCUGGAAUAUGGAAUAUUGAUGAUACAUUAGUUUUUUGUGUUAAUUAUCACAGGGUUAUUUUGUUAUUGUGUUGUUUUUUUAAUCAUGUAUGUGCUUGCAUUUAGCAAUUAGCAUUUGUAUACUUUGUUAUUAUCUGGAUUUCAGUUAUAGAAUUGUAUAUUAAUUUGUUGAGAUUUUUUUUUUCUAUUAUGAAUUUUGUAUAUACUGAGGCCUGUUUUCUAGAAAUUGUAUAUAGGAUAACACCUUAGUGCAAUAACAGGUUAACUUCUCUUAUAAUUUAUAGUAGUUAACCCAUUACUGCACUUAGUGGACAAUAUAAUGAGGUUUUCAUGUUUCGAUGUGUCACAGAUUAUUCAUUUGAUCAAAAUGAUUAUUCACAUGUUAUAACUUCCUCUAAGCUUUUUAAAACAAUCGUAUAUGAAAAACUAAACUUUUAUCUUUUGUAAAAACAAGCCAUAAUUUCAAUUUGGCAGUUUAAUUUCCUUUUUCUUAAUGUUUUUAACCACCUCUAUUACACUUGUAAUAAUUUCCUGUGGCGACAAGUUAAGUUUUAAUUUCCUUUACGCAGAAGUUUGACAAAGUUACUGGAAAAUAAAUGAAAAAAGUUCAAAACUUAAGUAUCUUUUAACAGAUUUAAUUUACAGACAAUGAGUUGAUUUUAAGAAAAUGUAAGAGGUACUCAAUUUUCUUAUUGUCUCUAGAAAAUUUUUUCCUUCUCUUUUGUUUCCAUGUAAACCAGCAUUGUGGUGGUUACUAACAUGUACUGAAACAUUACACAAACAGGAAAAAAAAGUAUUCAUUUUGUCCUUUAAUUUAUAGUUUAUCACUGUCCUGAAGGAAAAAACAUUUUUUAUUUGAAUUAUGUUUUUAUUGUUUUAAAACUUUAGAUAUCAGAAAGUCUUUGUAAGUGAGUUUGUUUUUGUUACUGUUAUCAGUAACAACCUAAUACUAAUAGAGCCUGGUAGAAUCAGGUCUACCUUUAUAUUUAAUGUGUUUGGUCAGACUUUAUAGCAUUUGCAACUUGGUUUUAUUAUUUUGUAAAAGAAAGUCCUAACAUUAGUAAUUCAAACUAAAUUUAACAUUCAGGAGGGUAAAUAAAUUAGCGUUCUCUUACACGAAAUAUUUGAUAAUGUUUUCUUUUGUUUUUACUUCUUGUUUAAGGUAAAACAUUUUUCAUUUUUUAAAAUGAAAUAAAUUGGUUCCUAAAAAGUUCUGAGAUUAUCAUUGUGUAUUGAUUUUCAAGAGUUAGUUUUAAAAAACUGCUGUGUCUCACUGUUUUAGACUUGUGUCAGUUUAUGUUUUGUUGUAACUUUAAAAUUAUGUAAAAAAUACAAACAAGUUUUUAAUCUUAAAUACAUGACAGUGUACAUUUGUAUAAAAUUGUUAAAGAAUAUUUGAAAUGAAAUAUAUUUUGUUUAGUCAAAAUUAGACAUGCUGUUAAUGAUAUAUAUUAUAUCAAAAUAAAAGUAUACUGGAAUAAUA